AUGCCCUCCCUCGACAGCCCGCUCUCGCUCUAUUCCAUCCCUGUGAUGUGGCUCAUCAGCUACUACCCCUCGUUCCUCAAGAACUAUAUGCUUGUCGGGCAGAGGGCGUUCACAAACCUACAGCCACGAACGAACAUAGCACGGAUGCAAGUGAAGAAUGUUCCUGCCGACCUGGCCGCAAGGAUUGCGCGAAUGGAAGGAGCGCAUAUUAACGGCCUCGAAAACCUCCCGUUCUUCGGCCUGGCGGUGCUAGCAGGGAACUAUGCCGGGGUUGACGAUAAGGCGCUGAACAUCGCGUCAGGACUUUAUCUUGUCUGGAGGAUCGUGUUCAACUACCUGUACUUCAACCAGACGACGCCAGGUGCUGCGGGUUUGAGGAGUAUGACCUGGUUGACCUCCCUAGCAUUCCCGUUCUACCUUUUUAUCAAGUCAGCACAAUUGUUGAGCCAGAAGAAGGAUCCAUAA